AUGGAGACAGUUCAGGAGAUUUUGCCAGCUUUAUGUGUCCUCAUCUACCACACGGACAUAAAUACUGUUGUAGACACUGUUUGGGCGCUGUCAUACUUGACAGACGGAGGGAAUGAGCAGAUACAGAUGGUUAUUGACUCAGGGGUUGGCGGUGCGGGCGCCGACAAAUGGAGGUCCCACCGAGAUCGGAGAAGAAAGGAGUACCACCUACGGACGUCCCUGGAGCCCGCCGGGCGAGAGAAGGGACGGAUUGGGCAAAUUCAAACCGCAGCACUCAGAGCAGUAGGGAACAUAGUGACUGGCACUGAUGAGCAGACCCAGGUGGUCCUCAACUGCGAUGUCCUUUCCCACUUCCCAAACCUCUUGUCACACCCAAAAGAGAAAAUAAACAAGGAAGCAGUGUGGUUCCUUUCCAAUAUAACAGCAGGCAAUCAGCAGCAAGUUCAGGCUGUGGUCAAUGCUGGGUUAAUCCCUAUGAUUAUUCAUCAGCUCCCUAAGGGGGAUUUUGGAACACAAAAGGAAGCUGCUUGGGCAAUCAACAACUUAAUGAUAAGUGGACUGUCAGUGAAAGAUUCUCAAGUGGUGCAGGUGGUUCUGGAUGGUCUAAAAAACAUCCUGAUAAUGGCUGGUGAUGAAGCAAGCACAAUAGCUGAGAUCAUAGAAGAGUGUGGAGGUUUGGAGAAAAUAGAAGUUUUUCAGCAACAUGAAAAUGAAGACAUAUAUAAAUUAGCAUUUGAAAUCAUAGAUCAAUAUUUCUCUGGUGAUGAUAUUGAUGAAGAUCCUAGCCUCAUUCCUGAAGUAACACAGGGACGUACUUUCAAUUUUGACCCAACAGCCAACCUUCAAACAAAAGAAUUUAAUUUCUAAGGUCAAUUAAGUGCAGCAUCUUUGAUUCAAUAUGAAACACCACCAGAUGGAUACCAAGCGAUAAGACAGCAAGCAACAGAAGGCUCCCAGCACUCUUGCCUCUUCAUUUUGAUGCUUCUAAAGCAAGCCAUGUCUCAGUCACUUUGCAGUUGCCAAAAGUCACUCUCACAUGGACUGUAAAUGCAUAUGCAUGAUUUCCUAAACUGUUUUAGAAUUCUCCUUAACCAUCUCAACUCCCCUAUAUUCUCCAUGCUCCCUGGUGCCACAUGCUGACAACUGCAGUCUCCAGUUAGAAUAUUCCAUAGUGGUGGUUUAUCAGCUGCCCACUGAUACAGCCUUUGGAAAAAGGUGCGCUGUGGAUCAAGACACUUUGGUAUGAUGUAUACUCAUGUUGGAAGACUACAGAGGUGCAGUGUGAUCUGGGCCUCCAUCACUGUCCUCCACAAACAUAUUUUCGUAUUCUUAUGUGGAAGAAUUAAAGUACAAGCCAAAUGAUUUUCAUUGGUGAAACUGACACAAAAGUAACUUAAAAACAAGAAACUUGGUUAUUGAUUAAAAAGAUAAGUUUUUUAAAACUGUA